CAAGAGGAGAAAGAGACUAGGCACUGGGCUACAGCUGCCUGGCUUACAGGAACUGGCUCUCUUCCUCAAGCCCCACUAAGCGGCUGCCCACUCCAGGCCUUAAUCUCUGUCUCCCAAUCCAGAGGUCCUCCUUGAGCUGCCAUCCACAGCCCUUCCGAGUGGCUGUGAGCACUUUCGCAGUAUGAACUGUAUAUCAGACUUCUUCACCUACGAGACUACCAAGUCGGUGGUGGUGAAAAGUUGGACCAUUGGGAUCAUCAACCGAGCUGUCCAGCUGCUGAUUAUCUCCUACUUUGUGGGGUGGGUUUUCUUGCACGAGAAGGCCUACCAAGUGCGGGACACCGCCAUUGAGUCCUCGGUGGUGACGAAGGUGAAGGGCUUCGGGCGCUAUGCCAACAGAGUCAUGGACGUGUCCGACUACGUGACCCCACCCCAGGGCACCUCUGUCUUUGUCAUCAUCACCAAAAUGAUCGUUACUGAAAAUCAAAUGCAAGGAUUCUGUCCAGAGAAUGAGGAGAAGUACCGCUGUGUGUCUGACAGCCAGUGUGGGCCUGAGCGCAUCCCGGGUGGGGGGAUCCUCACUGGCCGCUGUGUAAACUACAGCUCUGUCCUCCGGACCUGUGAGAUCCAGGGCUGGUGCCCCACCGAGGUGGACACUGUGGAGAUGCCUAUCAUGAUGGAAGCUGAGAACUUCACUAUUUUCAUCAAGAACAGCAUCCGUUUCCCGCUUUUCAACUUUGAGAAGGGAAACCUCCUGCCCAACCUGACAGCCAAGGACAUAAAGACGUGCCGCUUCCACCCUGAAAAGGCCCCAUUUUGCCCCAUCUUGCGGGUAGGGGAUGUGGUUAAGUUUGCUGGGCAAGAUUUUGCCAAGCUUGCCCGCACGGGUGGAGUUCUGGGCAUUAAGAUCGGCUGGGUGUGUGACCUGGACAAGGCCUGGGACCAGUGUAUCCCCAAAUAUUCCUUCACUCGGCUGGAUGGAGUUUCUGAGAAAAGCAGUGUUUCUCCUGGCUACAACUUCAGGUUUGCCAAAUACUACAAGAUGGAGAACGGCAGCGAGUACCGCACACUUCUGAAGGCUUUUGGCAUCCGCUUCGAUGUGCUGGUGUAUGGGAAUGCUGGCAAGUUCAACAUCAUCCCCACCAUCAUCAGCUCCGUGGCUGCCUUCACGUCUGUGGGAGUGGGGACUGUUCUCUGUGACAUCAUCCUGCUCAAUUUCCUCAAAGGAGCUGACCACUACAAAGCCAGGAAGUUUGAGGAGGUGAACGAGACAACACUGAGGGGCACUGCCUCAACCAACCCAGUGUUUUCCAGUGACCAGGCCACGGUGGAGAAGCAGUCCACAGACUCAGGGGCCUACUCCAUCGGCCACUAGGGCCUCUUCCAAGGGUCUCAGGCUCACCCUUAGGCUGCAGAACCUUCAGCGGGCCGCUGUGUUUGGGCAGACAGGGGUGGGAUGGGGGAGAAGAGAGACUCUCAUUUCUGCUGCUCACCCCAAAGGCCACAGCCAAGUAUCUAGGCCCUCACUGUUCAGCAGAUGGGCAGUGCUUCCUACUAGGACCUGAAUCUUGCCUUCACCCCUUGCAUGCCUCCCCUCUGCUUCCCAGGGUCCUGGGACAGCAGCAUCCAUCCCUUUCCAAAGGAGAGAACAUGGUAAACAAGGCUACACCCACACCAGGCACUUUCACACACAUUAUCUCAUUGAGCCCCUCAAAUAAUCCCAUAGGGUAGAGUUGAGGUUUUUGUUUUGAAGAGAAGCAAAAGCUCAGGAGACAGACAUUUGCCCCAGGCCACAUGGCCAGGUAGUGAGAGUUACACAUUUUGCCCACAUCCCUCAUGGAAGAAUGAGCUUCCUAGGAGUCUGUUCUUUUGUGUCAAUUUCCUGCCCUCUCACGAUUAGAUCCACAGGGAGCUUCGGCAGGAAAUAGGAGGUAUGACUGUCAGUGAAUUUUUCCUGUUUCCUCCUGAAGCUGGACGUAGCCAGGUCAGAAAUGAGUGUUUAUACUCCAUCUCACUGGGCUCCCCUAACUCGGGGCCUGCACUCCUGAGAAAGCUCCCUGUUCAUGGAGGACAGGGAAAGGCAACUGACACAAACAACCCACAUUGCUGGAAAAGCCAGGAGGGCCAAGCUCCAGCCCUGCGUAAACCAGGCAUGGUGGUGACACCCAGGCACUCAGGAGGUAGACACAGGGCAUCAAAAGCACAAGUUCUUUCUUAGCAACACAGUAAGUUUGAGGCCACCCUGGGAGCCAUGGAAGUGUCUCAGAAAAGAAGUGGGGCAUCAGAGUGAAAUCCACUACCCAGCUCAGCCAGGCCCGUGCUCACUGGAUCCUAACAGUGAUCAGUUAGAAGCUAAAAGAGCCUCAGAAACCAUCGCAUACAACCCUCUUGCUUACAGAUCAUUAACACCGAGGCCAGACAUAAAAAAUGACUUACCUUGUGCCAUAGUGAGGGACCAAGAGGGAACACAGGUGCCCUGUGUUUCAGAGAGGUGUCAAGUCUACCUUGUCUCCAUUGGCCCAGAUGUCCCAUAUCCUUUCUGGGCUUUUAAAGAAAAGGGGUGAGGGAGAGGAAGCCCUAAAUCACACAGGACGAAGCUCAAGGACAGACCAAAGUUUGGGGAAGAAGCAACUUGAGAGGAUUUUUUUGUUUGCUUGUUUUGUUUUUGCUUUUGUUGUUUGUUUGUUUGUUUGUUUUUUGGUUGGUUGAUUAGUUGGUUUUGAUGGAGAGACUUUGCUACAUAGUCCUGGCUGGCCUCAAAUUUACAGUUCUCUUCCCUUAACCUUUCCCCAGUAUUGGGAUUUACAGGCGAGUGCCAUCGCCCAGCUGGGGGCAUCUCUUUAAAAAGAAU